GAAGCACGAUAGAGCGGGCUUAAAGCUCACAUACAUGCAAGCCUCGCACGCAGAUGGAGAAGCGUUUGCGAGCGGGUAUAUCGUGCACGGGCCAUGCACGGACCAUGCGAGUAGAAAGCAUCGAGCUGCACUCACACGCGAGUACAGGGACGUGUAGGUGGAAGCGGCGCGCGCACACGACCGGUGCUCGCUCGUGUGCGCGCGUGUGUAAGUGCGUGCGUGUGCCAACGAGUGCGAGUGCAUGCGCGGAGGGCAGCCAGCGGCAGGCAGAGUGGAACGAACGAGGGACGACAGAGGGACGGCGAGCAGACGAUGACGAGCCGCUGGACGGUCGUCGUGCUCGGAGUGCAUCAGUAGAGCGGAAGCUCGCGCAAGUCCGUCGCUGCAGCCUCCAGGAUUCAGUCACUCGAGCGCCAACAGUCCCGCGGCAGCAGAGCCAAGGAGCCGCGGGAAGAGGAUCACCAGCAGCAGCACCAGCAGCAGCAACCGAGCAGCGGCAAAAAUGUGCAGUGCCGGCAGCAGCCAGCAGCAGGCUCAGCUGCAACAGCCGCCGCAGCAUCUCCUUGUCCUUCCUCGCGCCUUCUACCCGCCUCCGCCGCCGCCGCCGCCGCUGCCGCUGCAGCCUCGAACUCGCCGCGGAUGCAGCAGCAGCAGCAGCAACAGCAGACCCGCGACCUUAUCGGCAGUUUGAAGCCAAUAAUGAGAGUCAAUCCAUCCAGAAUGUGCACUCCGAUCGAGGAGAGGCUCGAGCAGAACCUCAAGGUGAGGAUUGGAAUGGUAGCUGUAAGCGAUGGAAAAAUCAAGCCUAUACCGACAAGGCUUUAUCUGACGAUGGAAGUUCUCAAACUACAAAGAGAAGAAGUCGAGAUAACAAAUCACAAUAAGAUACCUGCAGAUACUAAGGAAAGAAUGGUACAAAUAACAAGGCAAAAAGUAGGAGGCCUAGGUUUGAGCAUAAAAGGUGGAGCGGAGCAUAAGUUACCUGUACUCAUCUCUAGAAUUUAUAAAAACCAGGCUGCAGAUCAGACUGGUCAACUUUUUGUUGGGGAUGCUAUCAUAAAAGUCAAUGGAGAAUAUAUCACCGCAUGUAAUCAUGAUGACGCUGUUAAUAUUCUGCGAAAUGCUGGUGAUAUCGUAGUUUUAACAGUUAAACACUAUAGAGCAGCAAAACCAUUUUUACAAAAAACAGAAAAAGAAGAAAAAUUAGAUAAUGUUAGUGCUAGUAACGGAACUGUGAAAGACGGUUGGAUGUCUCCAAGCAAGUUACAUCCAAGUAGUCCAAAAGGUACUCAUAGUAGACAAGGAUCCAAUACUUCAAGUAAUUCUAUUAAAUUAAAAAAAUGGGUCGACAUAGUUACAGUGCCCUUGAUGAUGGCUUACGUUACGAGGUACAUUUUCGGAACUGAUAAAUUGCGGCGAAAUGCUUUUGAAGUGAGAGGACUAAAUGGAGCACGAUCUGGAGUAAUACAUUGCGACGAUACUGCUAUUCUUAGCCAAUGGCUUAAAUACAUUUCAGAUAAUAUCACGAGUUUGACUUAUCUACAGAUGAAAUUAUACAAUCGAAAUUUCGGAGUCGGCGAAAGAAUUGAAUAUAUGGGCUGGGUUAACGAAGCUGUUAGUAACAGUAACCAGCUGUGGCAAAGUUAUAGACCAAGGUUUUUAGCUCUAAAGGGUCCAGAUUUGUUACUUUUUGAAACACCCCCUUGCAACAUUGGUGACUGGUCUCGUUGUGCGCUUACCUUCAAGGUUUAUCAAAUAUUAUUCCGUGUGAUGCGAGAAUCGGAAAAUGUGGAUGAGCGACAACAUUGCUUUUUGGUGCAGAGCCCGGGCAAAUCACCACGCUACCUUAGUGUCGAAACACGACAAGAGCUCCUUAGAAUUGAGGCUGCCUGGCAUACUGCAGUUUGCUCUGCUAUAACGCAUUUGAAGAGUAAAACUUUUCCUGUAAUACUAGCUGGAAAACCAGCUGGCCUAACAUUGGAUUUAUCGCAAGGAUUUACUUUGACUUUUGACGGAAUAACUGAACCUGUAUGGAGGUACAAAUUUUAUCAACUUCGAGGCUCCAGUGAUGAUGGAAAAAGUAAACUAAAAUUGCUCUUUCAAGAACACGAUAGUAUUGCUAUUGAAACAAAGCUAUAGGAAUUGGAAAGCCCACAGUUACAGAAUUUACUCUUCUGCAUUUAUGCAUUCAUAACUGCUAGAGUCGCAGUUGUAGAUCCAACAUUUUUGAGAUCAGCGGCUCCAUAAAAUCCCAAGACGUAACCAACAAUUACGCACGACUGAUAAAUUUAUAUAACCCAUCAUUAAAAAUUUUGACCAUUUAUUUGAAAAAUUGUUCUGGUUUAUAAGAAGAAUCAAUUUUAAUUAAAAAGCAUGAGUGAAUUUUGUUACGUGAAGCGUGUGACGCGAUAAUUUUUUAAUCUAACGUAGAUUUAAUAAAUACUAGUCAAGAAUAUCUUAUAAGCUUUCACGCGCACUUACUGUAUCAACUUGACCAAGAAAAUCCUUUUGUUUUUGGUAACAUUGAAGUACGUGCAUUAGAUCGAUUGAGUUGGCUCAUAUAAAAAUGAAUAACUCGACCGUUAGAAGAAUCUCCGUUUAAAAUUUCAUAUCCCAUUGUACGGAUGACAUUUUGUGUUUAUUUUUUACGUUUUUGUAUUUUACUUUGACUGAUAUACAUAUACCAUUGUGUUAUAUUUUGCAAAACUUACAUUAGAAUUAUUGUCAUUAACUCGAUUUUUUCUUCUUAAGCAUGAUGCAUUUCACAUCGAAAAUUUUAGGUGCCUUGAUAAUAAAUGAUCAUUAUGAUCUGUGUUAAUUAUUGAAAAAAUUACCGUCAUAUUGUGCACAUCUCACACAUUUCUCAUACGAAAGGUGCUAUAAUAAUGCAGAUGCCUAGUUUUCGUUCUGAGCUGUAUUUUGUAUUGUAUGUUUUAUUUAUAAUUUGUUUGACAUAUCAUUUUAUAUCAGUAUUAUUCCAUCGUCAAUAAAACAUGGCUAACUGUCAUAGUCCUAUAGCAAUAAAAUUAUUAGUCAACUUGAGAUGUAGCGACCAUGGUGGUCUUAUGAAAAAAUAUAAAAUGCAUGUCGUAUUCGAUUCCUUGACUCUAGAAGAACAAUUGCAAAUGAUUUAUAAUUAUUGUAACAAAAAGUUAUUAAGAGACCAUUUUUACUUUUUUACGGUAAACCUACAGUAGCAUUUAACUAGCAACAAAUUUUAUUGUUUUUAUAUCUUCGAAACGAUUUGUGAAUGUAAUAACGGGAAUGUAAAAUAGAAUAAUAUGACAUUAUUGCUUUAUUUGACGUCGAGAAUUCACUGCGAGACCUUCAGCGAUUUAAUUAAUAAAACAUAAAAGAAUUGAAAUUAUUAAUAUUUAAAAAUGAUGUUUACAUCGAUUUAUUAUAUUGUUGUUCAAUCUAUGUUAAAAUGUAUGAAAAUUAUUUCAUAAGCAAACAAAUUGAAAACGUUCCUGACGAAGAUAUAUUAAUUUUAAUGUUGUACAUAAACUAAAGAUCCAAUUGAUCUAACGUAAUCGCUGGAGGGUUACUUACAUUAUAUAAAAAUAUAGUUUUAUUUUUCAGUAAAAGUCAAUUGUAAUUAAAGAUAACUAAGUUUUCUAUUUGAUUCUUUGAUUUACAUAAAUUAGUGUGAACUAUUCGUCUAGUUCAGAAAUUUAUAGAUUCCACCAUGGUUUGUGGACAUUCAAUUCUAGAUAGAGAAAGUUAAAUAAAAAAUACAUUUAAAUAUAAAACGAUAAGAAAUUAAAGUAAUAAAAAAUCUCGUAAAAUAAAAGGAAUGAGAGAGUAUAUUGUGGAUUUAUAAAAGCUAAAUUCAAUAACUUGAAAAUUAGGUAGGAAAUAUAAAAUGGUCUUGAACAAAUACUUGUUAAUUUACGUACAAAUAUUAAAAUAAGAUAUUAUAAUGUCAAUAGUAAUUGAUGCAAUGCUGUGAGAUAUUUAGGAUUUAACAACCGUCAAAAUAUAAUUUGAUGUUUGUAUGAUAAACUGUUCCAUAAAUGGACCGAUAUGUGUUUACUCUACAGUAUUUGUAAUGGCAAACGAGAGUUAGUUUUAUUAACAAACUUUACAUUGAGCAGAUACAUUAAGAUUUAUUUGGAAAGAGAAAUGAAGGUUUUGCUAAAAAUUAUCGAAAAUUGUGUGAGACUAAAGUAAUUAUAUUACAGUAUAAAAAUGUAAAUGAGUAAUGGAAUUGAAAUAAUACCCUAAAAGAUUAUUGUGAAGGAAAUAUUAUGUGAUGCAAAAGCAUCUUACCAGUUGUACGUACAAAUGAUUUGCAAUUAUUCUAACAAAAAGUUGUUCAAAGACCAUUUUUCCUUUUCUAUGGCGUCAAUUAUGUAUUACUUUUAUCAGCUUUGAUUGUUACGAGCUUCGAAAAGUAAAUGUAACAAAGUGAGAUAAGUAUCAAGCGAUUGAAUUUAAUUACGGAAAAUUCGGCAUCAUUUCGCCUGUGCACCAUUCUUGAAUAAGGCACAAAAUCACUUCUGCAAAAACCUAUCAAAGUUAUUAUCCAGCUAAAAGAAUUAGUGUAUUAUCAUAUAAACUUAUAAACACAUGUUACGCAUAUCAAGCAAUUAUUGCACUAUCAAUGCACUUGGAAAACCAAUUUUCCAUUUGACAAAAUCGUUAAAUUCUAAUAUAUUUUCUUAACUAAUAUGCUUAGUUUGUUUCGAGUCAAUAUGAAUACUAAUAAAUUAUUUAUUUCUCUCUACAAAUUGCAUGCUUUAAAUAAAUGGCUAUGUAUAUAUAUUUUAGGAAUAAUGAAACAAAUGUCUAAUAGUUACGAGAUAUUUUGAAACUUAAAUUAUAUGUAUUUUAGCAAAUUAAACUAGAAUAUAGCCUCUGCGAUCGUUCUCGCAUUAUAUUUCAGGAAUAUAAAUUUAUGUGAAGCUACGAAACUCAAAUACCUGAAUUAACGCUGUACAAAUAAUUUCAUAGAAAUUCUAAUUUUGUCGAAGCGAGAGAAAAUUUUUUCCGAGUGUGUAUGUUAUACCAUUGCUACACGACUUGUAAUUAAAUUUAGAUCGUCAUUAACAGACUGCACAACCGUAUUGUAUUAGACAACAUAAGAUAUAGUAGAGUAUGCAUAAAAAUUGAUGAAAAGCGCUAAAAGACCGAUAGAAAGUAUAAACGAGCAUUUUUAAAAUUAUAACGGUGUUAUAUAUGAUGAGCAGAAUAUGCUUAGUCAAAUGGAUUGAAAUUUAUCGUGUUGAUUUUAUGUGGAUAAUAUAUAUUAUCCAAAUAUAAGCUCCUUUGAAUUUGUUUUCGUAAAAACAAAGUCGGCUUUUGUGUUAUAUACAAUUUUGCAUUAUAUAUUCGAUAAUAUGUAGCUUUGAAGCAGUGUGAAACUGUGCUAUGGUGAAAAUUCACAAAUGCUCAUACAUAAUGUAGUCACGAAUACGUAUGAAAGAUUGAAGUGUUACAUUUUAUUCAUAUUACCAAUUUACAUUUUCCAAAGACAAGCACACUCGCCUCGUGAAUCUUCUUCGCAUGUCAAAAACAACGUUACGCACUGAAUUGUUAUACCCAAACUCACGUUAUUCUUAACUAAGUAUCGCUUAACGUACCAUAAUAUCAUGCCAUUGUGUAUUUUCAUGCAUUUAUGUGUAUCCAUUGCCGAAACCAAAUCAGCGACGUCUUUCAUUUUCAGAUUAUAGUUUAUCUGUUGUAAUCUUCCUAAUUGACAAUAUGUUUCAAAAUAUAUUAUUGUUA